AUGGGCAAGUCCAAAAAGUCCCUGCGUGAUGCUACCCGCCUCUCAGGCCUCCCGCUAUCCGAGACGCUGAUCCCGUCUCCGGUGUUAGCAUUCCCAGAAGAACACUGGGUUACCUCGCCAGACUUGACGGAAUACAACCUGCCCUACGCAGAGAAGGAGAUCGUAGACACGACAGCAUACCUACUCGAGAACCCGGGACUGAGCUCGAGCGUGCUCUUCCGCGCGGAUGUCCUAGGGCGUAGUGGGGACUGUAUCACGGUCGCUGAGUUUGAGGCGAAGGAGAAGGAGAGGAAGAGGGCGUUAGCAGAAUCUGCGUCUACUUCUACGUCUACGGUUCAGAAUGCAGACGUGAAAGAGGAAAAGGAGCCCGUGGCCGAAAAACCGGGCCGGCAAUUCCCAGGGUUCGAGUUGCGGAGGACGCUCGUGCGGCGACUUAUUCCCAGGAACCAGGAGCUCGAUGCGCCGGUCGUGCAGACGUGUCAUCUCUAUCGGCACGAGGGCCAGCUGCAGGAGAGGCGGAAGCGCGACCAAGCGCAAGCGGAGGGGAGGCCGGAUUGGAACGUAAGGUCUGGCACGGGUCGGUUCAUGGUUGUCUACACGCCGCAUGUGGACUCGAAGGAGGAGAUGCCGUACUACCACCCGCUUGUUCGGGCUUUGGCGGUUCUGUAUGAGUGUGACUAUGAUCUAGAGGCUGAGUUGCAGGCUAAGCCUCAACCCCAGGCGCCAGAAGGCGAGAAGAGUUCGAAAGGAGCAGGCACAAUGUCCAUCCAUUUUGUCCCCUGGGAUCAAGAGUCGAUCACGAACCGCCUGGAGCGGUCCCUUGGAAGGCUCAUUGAGGUUCAGAUCCGUACUACGAUGGGCCGGAUCGUACGCAAUAGUACAGCAUCCCUCCACUCAUCCAUCAAGGACAGUGUGAUUCCGCGGGAUCGUAUGCAAAACACGUACUGCCGACUAAAGGCCAAGUAUGCGGCCGACCUGAAGGAGCGGUGGGUGGAGAGCACGGAGCCGAGCAAGCAUGUCUUUGAGGAUUUAGGCAUUGCGGCGUUCCUGGUGGAGUUGUGGAGGGAUCUAUAUGGUGUUUUGCCGGAAGAUGAGCGGAAACAAGGCUCAAGCUCAACGCUGGGAGUGGGCACAGGGUGCUUUCCGGGGUUUGUGGACCUUGCCUGCGGCAACGGCGUGCUUGUAUACAUCCUGAUCAGCGAGGGAUAUUCCGGCUGGGGCUUCGAUGCGCGCCGCAGGAAGACGUGGAGUAUAUUUCCAAGUGGCGUGCAGGAGCGACUCAAGGAGGAAAUAUACAUCCCGAAGCCCUUUUCCGAUGUCCUUCCCAUUGAAGAUCAAAGCCAGGACCAGGAUGAGAACAUGGACAUGGACCAGAAGCAGAUCCAAGCUGAAUUAAACAAGUCAUUACCAACGCACCCCGAACCAGGCCAGGCAUCAAAUGAUGCUGCUACAGCUCGCCCUGGCACAUCCCUCUCUACCCUCCCACCGAACACCUUCAUCAUCUCAAACCACGCAGACGAACUCACCCUCUGGACACCCAUUAUCGCAGCACUUCUCAACCCGACAAGCCCACCGCCAUUCCUAGCUAUACCCUGCUGCUCGCAUUUCCUCUCCGGGGCGCGGGGUCGCUUUCGGUCUCGAAAUCAGCCACAGCCCUCAUCCUCGUCUACGCAAGAACAAAAUCAUCAAAGAGCCGAAGGCGAAACCGAGAUUCAACCUCAUGACGGAGACCGGCCCGAAUAUAAGGACGAGGAAGAGGGUGGGAGUAAGGAAAAGAGCAAGGAUAGAAGCAAGAGCAAAGAUAGAAGCAAGAGCAAAGACCGAAGCAAGAGCAAAGACAGAACCAAGCCCAAAACGAAGAAAAACUCCCCAGAAACCGGCGACCUCAAAGCCAUGCGCAAAGCCAAGCUCGCCGCGUCCGACCCCCACAACACCAAGGCCUUCUCGGCCUCGACCUACGGCGGACUCACAGAUAAACUUAUCGCGAUAGCGAAUGAGCUCGCUACGGGCACUGCAUACGUCGGUGAGGUCGGCGCCGGAACUGGCGCCGACUCUGACACCGUAGUAAAGACACUACUACGCAUCCCGAGCACGAGGAACAUCGGCAUCGUCGGCGGAAUAUCCAUGGUAAAGGCAGAGUCACAGGGUGAGGCAGAGGGAAAGCCACCACGGGCUCGAUUAUCGUCGAGGUUGAGCAGGAGUGCGAGCGGGAGUGGACUGCAAGGCGGCAAUGGGGUUACAGAAGAGGAGGUUCUGGCGAGAGUUACGGCGAUCGUGGAGAGGGAGUGUGCGCGUGAUGGAGGCGUUGAGGCUGCAGCGAAGAUCUGGAUUGAGAGGGCUAGGAAGUUGCAGUCCAAGACUGCGAGGGCGAGUAAGCACUGA